UCGUCUCUAAUCCAGAGCCUUCUCAAGCACUUUCAUUUCUUUCUCCUUCCUAGAUACCCUUUUGAUAACAACUUUUUUUUUUUUUUUUUUUUUUCACAAUGGAGACUCUUACCUCAGUUCCCGCCUUCACCUCCCUGGAGAGCACUGAGCUCGCCCUGGCUACUCAGGAAGCCACCGAGAUCUCCAGACAGAUCUUGGCCAUCAUCUUCGAGUAUGCUCUUAACAAAUUCGACGACAGCAUGGACAGGCUCGGAGCUGGUAUCCCCAAGUUCCUUUCUGUCAUUGAUGCCUUCGUCAUGGCCAAGAAGCAGGUCCUGAUGUGCCUGCCUGCCUUCCCCUUCAAGUCUGCCAACAAGCAGUACAAGGUCCUGGGCGUCUUGCCCGACAAGGCAGAGGAGAUUGCUGUCGAGCGCCUCAACACCAUGUGUGUGCGCAUUGGCAAGAUCUAUGCUCCUGGUGCCAAGCUGACCAUCAUCUCCGAUGGUCUUGUAUACAAUGAUCUCUUGAGCAUUCCUGAUCGCCACACCUGGGCUUACGGCGAGGCUCUGCGCGCCAUGGUCCUCCAGAAGGGCUUCACUCAGAUCGACUUCUCCCGUAUCAAGGAUCUCGUCGACUUCCCUCUCCCAGAACAGCUGGACGAGAUCAAAUACGUUGCCAACGCCACCAACUUCCGCCGUGUCCUUUUGAACAAAUAUGGCAAGGAGGACCACGACAUUGACAGCGAGAUUGCAGAGAAGCCCGACACUCUCAUGACAUACCGCGGCUACUGCAGAUUCCUCGAGUCUGAUUUGCAGUACAUUUUCCCUCUUCAAGCUGGACGUACCAGCAACGGAUACAAGAGGAGCGUCAAGUUCCUUGCCAAGGAGAUGUUGCUGCGCGGAUACGUAUGUUUCUUCCAAUGCUCCUUCUGAAGACUACAAGCUUUUUG